AUGGCGACGAUAGCAGCCCGUUCUGUAGGCAUUGGCCCGACCCGCGCCGGCAUUGGUGGAAUCGGAAGCAUCGCGUGUCCAGGCACGCGUCACGUCUGGACUGGCUCGUUACAUCGGUCGUGUAUAGCAGAUGGUCGCUCUGUACCUGCUGCACGCGCUCUAGCGGCAGCGAGAUCGGUUUAUCCCGAUCGUUCGAGAUCUCACCUCUGCACCGCAAGUAUUCAGGGGACAAGACUUCGCAGCUAUGGCGCGCAAUCGAUCCGAUCAUCAACCACAACUCCCGGUACUCGAUUCCACCGACCGCGGCAUGUUGUGACGGGCAUCACUCCGCCAUCCUUCGCCAAGCGUCGCAUCACCUCAACCUCAAUACUAUUCGCAUCACAACAACAAGGACCUCCGACUCCCAUGCCAGCAACCACCACAAGCCCGGAACCCAUCAAACAGCCACUCACCUCACUCAAGUCUUUGACUCCAACCCACGAGAACAUCUACACCGUCCCCAACAUCCUAACAUUCACCCGCCUCCUCGCCGCCCCCGCCGUAGGCUACUUGCUCCUGGCCCCUCACAUUCCUCACAUUUACGCCCUCGCACUCUUCGCUUACGCAGCGGUCACCGAUCUCGUGGACGGCUACCUCGCCCGCCGCUGGCAGCAAUUCACUGUCGUCGGCUCCGUCAUCGACCCCAUGGCCGACAAGCUCCUCAUGACCAUUUCCACCCUGUGCCUCUCCUACACCGGCAUCCUCCCGGUUUACGCCGCAACAAUCAUCAUUGGCCGGGACGUCGCGCUUGCCAUAUCGGCGAUCUGGUGGAGGUGGAUUAGCUUGCCGCCGCCGAAGACGAUGACAAGGUACUGGGAUUUCAGUUUGCCGAGUGCGGAGGUGCAUCCGACUGAGAUUAGCAAGAUUAAUACGCUGUUGCAGUUAUUGCUGAUUGGCAACGCAAUGAUCUUACCAGUAUUACCAGAGGUCUUGGUAAGCAGUUGGAAUUUGUGGGGAGUGUUCGAAGGGUGGUGUGCGCUGGUGAGUGCGACGACGGUGUGGAGUGGAUUGAGCUAUAUUGGCAAUAGGGAUGCUGUGAAGAUCAUAAGGCGCUGA